AGCGGUCAUCAUGACAGAGGAGCAGGAGAGGUCCAGCGCGGAGCCGCCUCCGCCGUGCAGUCCCGCCGGCUCGAGCAGCUCGCUGUCUGCGGAGGAGUCGGACUCUGACGCGCCUUCGUCUCCCGCUGGAUCCGCCAGCCGCGCGUCGCUCAUCCUCCCGGGGAAGGACGAGGAUGAGCGAUUCCCGGCGUGCAUCAACGCCGAGCUCAGCAAGACCCUCGGAAAACUCUGGAGGCUGUUGACGGAGAACGAGAAGAGACCGUUUGUGGAGGAAGCCGAAAGACUGAGAGUUCAGCACAAGAAAGAUCACCCGGAUUACAAAUACCAGCCGAGGCGCCGGAAGAGUGUGAAGCCCGGUCCGAGCGAGUCUGAGCUGACCCAUCACGUGUAUAAAGCUGAACCUGGGAUGGGGCGACUGGCAGGUCCAGUCACUGAUCACACAGGUCAGCCUCAUGGACCCCCGACACCCCCUACAAUGCCCAAAACGGACCUCCAUCACGGAGGAAAGCCGGACCCCAAGCAUGAAAGAAGACGCUUGCUUGACGGCGCUCGACAGAACAUCGACUUCAGCAACGUCGACAUUUCGGAGCUCAGCACAGACGUCAUCAGCAACAUGGAAAGCUUCGACGUGCACGAGUUCGACCAGUACUUGCCUCCGAGUGGCCAGCCUCUGACCUCCGACGGCUCGUACGCUUCGUCCUACAGCCGCCCUGCAAGCAGCGGGGCCUCCUGGAGCCGCAAGGGGCCCGUGGCGUCCUCAUCGCCUGGCACCAGCGACGUGAGCCAGCACAGAGCUCACAUUAAAACUGAGCAGUUGAGCCCGAGUCACUACAGCGAGCACUCGCCCGAGUACGGCGUUUACAGCGCCUUGUUCAGCAGCCCUCCGUGUGACUAUACAGAGCGUCAGAGCUCGGGCUACUACAGCCAGUACCCCAGCUACGCCUCCGGUCUCUACCAGUACCCCUACUUCCAUUCCUCACGGAGCACCCUCCUCAGCAGCCGGUCCAUCCCGCCCUCCCACAGUCCCUCCGCCAGCUGGGAUCAGCCGGUCUACACCACGCUCUCCAGGCCGCUUUGAGCCAUGUCCGUCACUACACUGAAGGCGUUUGUGCCAGCUGACUAAGCAUCCAGUGCCUGCUGAUUUUUCGACACAUCAAAACAUUGACGCUUGGUGCUAGACGUGAUGAAUUUGUGGAGAGCCAGCAGAAAUCCUCUGUGAGGACUGCCGUCCGCUCCGGGAUCACAGAUAAAAGGGACCAAUGAAUAUUCGGGAAGCAUUAGCUUCAGUCAGAAUCUCUCUGUGGUUAAUCCUUCCUUUUUUUUUUUUACCUAAAAUGUGUUCAUUUUUAAUUGCCUAUUUCAUAUAUGUGAC